AUGGAUAUCAUUGCGUUGACGUCCUUUGAUCAAACCUUUUACCAUCAGCGCUCACGCAAAAACAGAGUUUGCAUCAGUUUCUAUCAAAGAUUCCAGCGAUUCGCCGUUGACGAUACGGAUGGAACCCUCGUCUGUACUGGACUGGACCCGCCGUUUCAUUUUCCCUCCCGUCAAAUAAACCUGAAUCUCAUCAGCCACCAGUUAAGCCCGAGAUAUCUGUUUAGGCUGGUCGACUCUCGUCUCCAUGAUCGUACCUUGUCCCGUCGUAUCGCAGAAAAAAUCGCGGCUGAAGCGGUUCAAUACGUUGGGUUUCUUCAACCUUACGUCAUGUCUGUUUAUGUCGUUAAGACCCAACAGGUGGUCACUCUUAGGGAGGAAGAAGAAGAAGAAGAGACCCAAAAGGAAGAAGAAGAGUCUACAACAUGUGCCAUAUGUUUGGAGGGUUUGUACAAGAACGAUGAGACGUUUGAUUUGCCAUAUUGUUCGCACCGGUUUCAUUCUACAUGUGUCGGCGAGUGGUUACAGAGUCAUAAUUCUUGCCCUCUCUGUCGUGAAGUUUUGCUCGAGGAGUAUGUUGAAACUGAUUUUUAUUAG